AUGCUGACGUUGCGAAGAUGUGAAGAAGACGUCGACGAGCCGACGACUUCUGCGGCCGGAAUUGCUGUGUCCGCCGACUCGGUCUACCUGUUCGCAACGAAGAAACAGGUGAGGCUGAUUCUCCGAUGACGGCUUCAGUGUUCAUCUUAGGUAGUCAAGGUUUGGUGGAAGGUCGAGGAAGAGACCAGCAUGCUUGACUGGAUCGGACUUUUCAACUGUGGUUGGUUAUUCUUCAUCCCAAUUUUUGGACUUUGACGUAUAUUUUGUACUUUAUUCACCGUUGACACCAAAGCCUAAAUUCGUUGUUUUUUCUAUGAUGUUUUGUAUACCCAUUGAUGAAUUUUGAGAUGAAAUACCAUUUUUGAGUAGAAAAUUUUGUUUGCGAUCGAUUUUCUUCAGCCUUCUGGUUGAACAAAACUUUAGAAAAAUCGGAGUUAGUGUCAGAAAACUAGUGAAACUGUAAAUAAAGCAAAAAUUGUUUCGAACAUGGCUAGACAUCUUGCGAGAACGUUGAGCCGAAUUAUAAAAAAUAAGAUUCUCAAAUAAUUUCUGAAAAAGUUUUCAGGCAUUCAAAAUUCUAGAACUAGCUACUCACAAAAAAGAAAAUCAAAAACUGCCCGGUAUUUCAAACAAAAAAGAAAAGAAAAAUGGAUAGUUACUAUCACUCAUCUCCUGUUAUUUUGAGAUGAUUCGUCGUAUUACCUCGACCAGAAGCCUCUGAGAUCCGCAGUUUCUCCGCUUCAUUUCACGCUCUCCAAGAACAAUUUGCUGCAUUUUAGCGCCGUUUAUUUCGGGUCUGAAGUUCACCAGGGAACUUUUUUUAGACCCCUGUUUUGCUGAAGUGUCUUCAGGGCCUCCUGAUUCCAGAACAAAAAAAAUUUCCCGCAAAAGAUCUUUUUUUGAUUAUUGAAGCUUCAAACUUCGCAAAAUACGCAAGUUAUGACAAAAAGCGCCAUUUCAAGCUUUUGAUACGUCUCAACGAGAUCUAUUGCGAGAAUCUUUUUUCGUUUGGAAGACGUUACUUAGUCAGUAGUAGAAUCUGAUAACUUUUUCCAUUUUCAGUUAUGUCCAUGGCGUUACGGGGAGACUUCUGGCCAAGUCCCAACCAAUAAGAAUUUGUUCCAAAGCCAGGAUCGUUUUCCAUCGUCAGUGGGUUUACUAUAAAAUUCAAUGAAAACUUUAAAUUUCUUUUUGUUUUCUAAAAGGUGAAAUCAAAAAUUUGGUGAGGUUUAUCAAAAAAAUUAUUUUUAGUUUGCGAGAACCUUUUUGGCUAAAAAAAGUUCUCGCAAACUGAAAAAAAUGAUCACAAUUAACAAUGGAAAAUUCCGAAAUUUCGGACCACAGGUAAUUGAUUUUUUUAGGAAAUAGAGUGCAAGCUGAUUUGAAAUGUUUUUUUAAAAAUCCAGAAUAAGAAAAAAAUUUUUAAAAUUUUUGUCAAAAAAAUGAAUCGUUUAUCACGAUAUUGGACACAUUUUUUUGACUAUUGACUUUUUUUGGCUUGAAAAAUAAAUUUUUGAAUUAGUAAAAAAAGUGGGUAUAUAAAGCCGUUUUUCGAUUUUUUUCUAAAAAAACAUGAAAAAAACAGAAUAAGCAAAAAAAUAAACUCAUUGUCAGAACGAUGAACUUCAAUGGAAAGUUAUCGAAAACUUGAGUUUUGUUCAUUUAUUUUGAAAUGUUUUUCAACUAUUGCUCAUUUUAUAGAAAAAAAGGGUUACUUUAUGAAUGAAUGAACCAUAUCCUCAGCUGAAGAAACAUGUCUUUUUAAAUUAUUUCAGAAGAUAAUUUCAAAAAAAGCAUACCAGGUGGUUUCAUUAAAUUAAUGAUAUUCAUCGAAAAUAAAUCAAUUAAUUAUAUUUCAUUUUCAGUUUUGCUUUAUUUCCUUUUUUCUUAUUCCUUGUUCACCGCCUUGCUAUUUUUUGAGUUUCCAAGUGAAAAAAAAACCAGAAUAACUACAGUAACCCGAGUAAACUUUGUGGCAAGUCCGAAGUGAAUGUUCUAUGAGUAGUUUUCAUAGAAUUAUUAAGGAGUUGAACAGAAAAACUGCAAACUCAAGAGCGUCUACGUGACAUCCGACGACCAGGAUGUCCUUCUACCUAUUCCCACGGACCAGCCUCUUUCCGUAAUUGAACGCUUUUUCCUCGUCCCAUCUAAAAAAAAAACUUCAGAUUCCUCUGCCGUCGCACAAUUUGCACGUCCGGCUCCCCAAUUCGGCCUUCCGGCAUCUUUUUUCAAUUCAUCAGUUGCGUUUUUUGCCCGUUUUUCAUCGGGCCGCGAGUCGGAAAGCAGAAGGCGGUCUUAUCUCGGUCGUCCUCCUGGCGGGGUCCCCGAGGAAUUGCGAUGCCGCCGGAAUGGGGGCGACCAUCGCGUCCUCCACCUCUCCUUAUUUGGCUCAUCCUUUCAGGCUCGAAGACGCCGUCGUCCUUCGCUCCGUCGACAAUCCCACGGCCAACUACCAACUCGAUCUUCAUUUUUCUGUUGUUCCUGAUCUGGAAGGUUCGGAAAACUGUUUCUGUCGACCGAGUUUGAAAAGAAAAGGUCCAAUUUUGUAGUUCUUAGGUUGCAUUUUUCGAAAUCUCUUAAAAUAAAUAGUUUCAAAUUCAAAAUAUCAUAGAACUGAUCUUUUUUCAAAAUCUAAUUCGACCAUUGUCAUGUUUUAACAUAAAUUUGCUAUCGGUUGAAAAUCUUCUUGAAAAAAUUGACCCAGAAGGUGUUGAGAAAUCUUCAAUUUUUUUGAUGAACGCAGGGAAAAAAACCAUCAUCAAUAUCUUAAAUAAAAUGAUACCCUCAAAAGUAAAUAAUUAAAGUUUCUAAAUUGAGAAGAGUAUAUGACGAUUCUUUUCAUCAAUUCUACAAGAAAUUUUUUUAGUUUUAUUCAACAGUAAUUCAGUUUCGGGUUCCGAUUAAUGACUUAAAAAAAUUCAUAAUUUGAUCCACGAUUCUUGUUUUUUUAAUUUUAAAUUUUGAAGAAAAAAUUUAUGUUAUAUUUUUUUAUAUUAAAAAUAAUUUUUCCAGUUUUUUUGAGCCGAAAUUUUAUAAGCUUUUCGAUUAAAAUUCGUUGCAAUUACACGAAUGGAAGCCUUUUUCAUCGAAAAACUAUCAAAAAGCGAAAAAGCAAGCUCCCGGAAGAAUCCGAGAAUUUCCAAAAAAGAGUCUCCUCGUAUAUACACAUCAACUGCGAAUUUGUGCCCCUCAUCGUUCAUUUCGGAACGCAAUCUGACAAGUCGCCGCCGCUUCAGCUCAAGAAAAAAGACGAGGCUCGAAUUUCUUGCAGACGCCGCCAAUGCGAUGAAGGCGUCGACGUCGGCGGCGGCCGCCAUCGCCAGCAGGUACGAAUUUUUCAGAAUUUAUAGAUGAUUUUUCGGAUUUUCAGUUCAAAGUCGAACCCAAGCGAUGUUAAUCAGAAUCCACUGCCAACAGGUGAGUCUCACAUUGAAUUUUGUGGAAAAAAGCGUUAUUUAUUUAUUUAUUUAUUUUCAUGAUAUUUUAAAGAGAACACGGGUUGCUACAUAAUGGAAAUGGUCUGUUAUAUCGAUAAAAUUGGUUUCAUAACUUUUUUUGUUAUUCCUUUUUAAAAAGAAAAAGUCAAAGAUUCGCACUUUUCUCUCCGUGUUUUUUUCGCAAGGUUUACUGAAUCCAAAUCAAAAAAAGGAAAUCUGAGAGUCUUAUUUAUUUUACAACCAACAAUAAAUCUUGAAAAUACAGUUCCUCAUGAGCCUUUUUUUCUAAGAAAAUUGGUAGGUGGUGAGAAAUUCUCUUUGAGAAAUAUUUCAUCUCCUGAAAUACCCUUGAAUUAAAACAAGAAUAACUGUUUUGAAAUAAUUUGAGAGCAGAAAAAGAAACUCGAAACACGAAACUCGAUGCGAACAAUUCUCAGGCUGGCAAUCUUGUCUGGACACCAAAGGCCGCCGAUUUUACGUCAAUCACGCAACGAAAACGACCAGUUGGACGGCACCCACGAUGACGUCACCGGAGCCAAGAGCUUCUAGGCCAAGAAUCUCGAAGAACAGCGCGUGGGUGUCGCCUUUUGUGUCGCCACCCCCUGGGGUUUCAGACUGAUAACUCCGCGUCGGACGACCGCCUACAACGACGAGUCCGACGUCGCCAACUUCAUCCGACGUCACGAUUUUGUCAGUCUUCUACAUGAGAACACGGUCCGUUCAGAAAAAAAAGAAAGAGGCCGUCUGAGGUGGGCCUGACGGACAAUUAGUCAAAGCAGUUGAAAAAAUAUCAAGAAAGUUUGAGUAAAUUUUUACGAGUUAUUUUUUUUUUUCAAUGCAGUUUCGUAUGAAGUCUGAAUAUGGUCCCAACUAGAAAAAAUAAAUUAGAGGCCUCUGUUAUUAUGCAGCCACGAAAAAACACUCUUUGAGCGCACUUUUCAAACUUUUUUUCAAUUUAACGAGGUUUUUUUCAAUUUAAAAACUAGGUUACAUGCAAAAACGUGUCAAAAACUCACUAAAGUACUAUUACUAAAAAGAAGCUGUUUUGAGCUCUGAUGUAAUAUAAAUUUUUUACAAAAUUGUAAAAAUUAUUCUUUAAAGGACGCUCUAGCCGUUUACAAUUCAUCCUCUCUGGUGCGACACGCCGUUCACCACGUCCGACAGAAUCUUGAGUCGCCCAGCAAAUUCGAGAACAAUCCGACGUUCGUUGGGUUCAUCAACGGAUUCGCCGACGAAAGUGAGCCGCUUCCUGCUGGCUGGACCUUGCUUUCUACUACUCCGGUUAGACCGGAAAUCAUUCCCAGUUAGUAUUAUGUCGGUUUCAGAACGUCUAUGUCAAUCAUUCAACGAAACGAACGACGUUCUUCGACCCACGCGUCCGAGUUCUUCAUUCUCAACUGCCGCGUCGAGGAUUCAGCGCUCCACCGAGACAUUCUCAAUCCGUAUGUUAUAGAUGAAUUUGAGGCGAUAAGGGAAAGAGAAAAAAUAUUCUGGUUCUAGACGGCCAAGGGCGAAAGAGCACAGCUGCUGAACAAGCUGGAGGAGAUCGCCCAGGUGGCCGAUCGGAAACUGCCGCUGAUCGCAACGAGAGUCCGCAAGAAGUUGCGAUUGGUGCAGCGCUUCGGAGAGAUCGCCCUCGCCAGCCUGGCCAACGACUUGGACCUGUCCCUUGCCAUCAGGUUUCUGGGACAAGCUCUCAGGAAACACGCCCAGUUCCAGUUUGCUCGACGUCGAUGAUGACGACGUGGCUCGGAAGCAAGACGCCACUCUGAAUCUCUUCUAUGCCGAACUGCAAAGAGCGCGAUUCGGCCGAGGGCCUGGGAAGUUGAAGUGAGCACUUUGGGCUUUUCAAAAGAAAAGUUAUUAAAAAGGUUGAUCCACCAAAAUUCGAAAUAAAAUGUUAUAUCUAAAAAGCUUUGCUCUGGCUUGAAACAGUCUGAUCUGUCUGCUCCCUAUUUUGUCUUAUUUCCUUUUUUCCUGUAUGUAAAACAUAAAAAGAUUUUCUUUUCGUAAAAAAAAAGUGUGAGAUGAUCAAUCUUUAAGCUGGAAGUUCUCGAGAGACUCCUUGCUCCGCGACGCCUUCCAUCAGAUUCUCGCCGCCGACGUCUUCAGCCUCCGUCGUUCCCGACUCGCCAUUUCUUUCGACGACGAGAAUGCGUCAGUCAAUCACUUCCAUUGUAAAUUCCAUAAUCAUAAUUUGAAGAUUGGACUACGGAGGUCCUUCUCGAGAGUUCUUCUACCUACUUUCUCGCGAGCUUUUCGACCCGAAAGGCGGCCUUUUCGAGUACACCGAAUCGGAAUACAGCCUGCAGUUGGCUUCUAGGAUCGACGCUCCAAAUAAAAAGAGGUACUGGAAUUCUUGCGAAAAGUAACUGGAACUUGGGGAAAAAGGCUCGAAUUGUGUGGUCGACUUCUGGCGCUGGCCCUGAUUCAUCGAUGUUUCAUCGACGUCUUCUUCACCGCUCCGUUCUACAAAAUGCUCCUCCAACAGUGAGUAAUCUGUAAUUAUGAGGUUCUUUUUUUGAAGAGGGGUAAUCGAUCAAGCUGCUUGUAAAUUUUUGAAAAAUCUGGAAAAAAAAAAGUUAAAAAUUAGUUAGAAGGUUUUUACACCUUACGUGCUUUUUGCUAAUUCAAAAAUAGUGUUAACUUCCAGACAAAUUGAGAUCGACGAUUUCGCUCUGGUAGAUCAAGCUUUCCACCGAAGUAUGCUUUGGAUCUUAGCCAACCCUGUAGAAGAUCUCGAUAUGUACUUUGUUGCUGAUGACCAUUCCGAAGGAGCCGUGAGUGAAAACGAACUUGAUUUUUUAGAGUAGAUCCAACUUUAAGAGCUUUGAAAAGGAACUGGUAGAGGGUGGCGCGGAAUUACGGGUAACCGAAGAAAAUAAAGAUGAAUUCGUGCGACUAAUGUGCAAGUGGAAAGCCGGCAAAGGAGUCGAAGAAUCGUCGACAGUUUUGCUUUCUGCUUUUUAUCAGGUUUCUUCAAAGAAGAUGAAUCUUACAAAAAUUUUGUAAAUGUUUAGGUGAUCGACAAAAGUAUUGUGGGAAUACUCUCCGUGGAUCAGUUACGAGUCGCUCUUUCUGGAAAUAUGGAGCUUGACCUGGUGGACUGGAGGAGCAAUACUUCCUACAAGGUACGAAUCUCAAGCUUUUCCAUUUGGAGUAUCAAUAUUUUGCAAGUAAACCGAAAAGGAAAGAGUUAAAGUUGUCAAUAGAGCGUAGAACCUGCGAAGUGAUGAUUGAAGCUGUUUUUUUUUUGCUGAAGCGAUUUUUUUAAUGGCCGAGAAAGUUAGUGAAAGUCCCCUGCGGCUCUGAAAAAAAAUUGUCUUGCCUUUUUUUGAAAAAAAUUCCCAGUUAAGGAAUUUUUGCGUUUUUGGUGAAAAAAUAAGUUAGGAUGGGCCACAUCUGAAAUCAUAAUUUUUUCAGCUCCUCUCACAAAAAAAGCUUGAAGAACUUUCUUAAGAAAAAAACAUUCAGGGCGGCUACUUCGACGGCCACGUCGUCAUCAAGUGGUUCUGGGAGACGGUCGAACAGCUCUCCAACGCCGAAAGACUGCGACUUUUAUUGGUAACAGUUGCUUUUUAUCUAUCCCCCAAAUCUUCUCCCUCUUCUUCAGUUCGUAACAGGAAGUUCCUCGGUGCCGUUUGAAGGGUUCGCCGCGUUGCGCGGAACCAACGGCGCCAACAAGUUCUGCAUCGAGCGCUGGGGCGACGACGACGCGUUGCCGAGGUUUUCCCAAAAAAGGAAAACUUCUGACUUUGGUGUUCGCUUUUUCCAGGGCCCACACGUGCUUCAAUCGCUUGCAGCUGCCAUCCUACGCGACCCGACAAACCCUUCGGAAAAAACUGUCGCUAGCCGUCGCCGAUGGAAUCUCCUACUCUAUCGAAUGA